AUGGAUUGCAUCAAGAAUGUCAACCCGGAUGCAUACAACUAUCUAAAGGAGGUAAAUCAAGAAAAGUGGACACUUGUACAUGACCAUGGGCAUCGAUAUGGGGCAAUGACAACCAACCUGUCAGAGUGCUUCAAUGGGGUGCUUAAGGGCGCACAUAGCUUGCCCAUAACUGCAAUGGUGAAGUUCACAUUUUACAAGGUGAACUCGUACUUUGACGAACAUCGAAACAAAACCCUAGAGCAGUUGGAAGAGGGGCAAGUGUGGUGCAAAUAUGCCUAUGACAAGUUCGAGGCAAAUCAAGAGAAGGCGAAGCUCCAUAUUUUUAGAAGGAUGAGUGCGCAACAACAAUUAUAUACAGUGGAGACACAAUCUUCGCUAUUGAACACUGGCGGGGGAGAUCACACCCAUAGGGUUUCCUUCAUAGACAUGACAUGCAAGUGCAGUAAAUGGGAAGCAAACAAGAUCCCCAGUUCCCACUUGAUAGCAAUUUGUCCCAAACACAACCAUGAUGCCACUGAGUAUAUGGAUCGUUUCUACCACAUGGAAGAACGGUAUCAUAGCUAUGAGCCAAUAUUCCAACCACUGAAAGAUAGGUUAGAAUGGCCGGAGCCAGCAGAAAGGAGAACCGUGAUGCCAAACCCGCGGUUGAUCCGUGGGAAAGGUCGGCCAAAGUCCACGAGAAUCCACAAUGAGAUGGAUGAUGAGGAUACGGAGUUGCCAACCUCAUUGUGGAUUGAGAAUGGAUCAAAGUUGAAGUGUGGGUUGUGUCGCCAAGGUGCUAUGUAG